AUGGUGAAAACGCGCAGCCGGCUCCACUCUUGGGGAGGCUCGCUGGAGGAGGCCUUUGAGCAGUGUGCCAUGGCAACGUUUGGGUACAUUGACACAGUGAUUACACAGAAUCUCUUCCACUUCCUUGAUGACUGGUUAUUCAAAUUCAGUGCAGAUAUUUUCUUUAUUCCCAGAGAAGUAAAAGUUUGCACAUUUAAAAUCCGCUCUAUUGGGUGGGGAGAAGAGUUCAGCUUGGUCAAGCAUCCACAGGGGACAGAGGUGAAGGCCAUCACUUACUCAGCCAUGCAGGUCCAUGACAUCGACAAGCCUGAGAUCUUUGCCAUCGAUAUCUGACGAUUUUCUACAGAGCAGCUGUCUGACGGGAACAGGACUAUCAGAGCAUGCCUGUGUGAAUGGACAUUGGAUUAAGGGCAACCGCAUGGGUUUUGAUAAUGAGCUUGUGAAGUGUGAUGUUUUCCCCGUCAGAAAGCAAACCUGGUCCUAAUACAUGCUGAUUAUAGCUGCUCAUACUAAUCUAGCCGUCUGACUAGAGUUUACUGAGGAAUGCCAAUAAUUAAGAUUUUUGUUAGAAUUUUUAUGUAUCCCAAAUUAAUCUCUGAAUUUUCAAGACGAGACAGAAUCAUCACAAUAAAUCCAGUUUGCCUACUACUAGGGAACUUAAACAUGAACGUAUACCCCUUCUUGUUGACUAAUAAAUAUUUUUGGUAUUAUGUUCUGUGUUUUUUACAGGUUGAUAUUUAUUUACGCAUUUCAAUUGCCACCUCUCAGUGGUACAGAUACUUAAAGGAUUCAUGCUGGGCACUACUCAUUGUAAAUAGUCAAAUCACAAGUGAUAUUUGGAUACUUUAGUUAAAUAAGUAUAUCUGUUUGCAAUUAAGCAAUUCGUUUUAUAAUAAAAAUAUUUUCCACACUACAAGGUGCAUGUUUUCAGUCAUUUCAGUCUGCUGGUGCUUGGGAUCACAACCGUGUGAGGUAAACGACAUGCUAAAAUACCCUUGAGAGAGGUUAGUAAAACAUGGUUGUUGCCUAUUUUGGCAUUUAACAGGCUUCUUUCUAUAUGAGUGUGUUAUCCAAUCAAUGGUAUUGUGUUGCUAGAUAUUUAAAGAACUUAACAUGUUUAUUUAUCUGUAUCUAAGCA